AGGGACCUAACGGCCCCUCCCCAGAGGGCGGGGCCUGGGCCGGGGCGCGGCUCCGGGAGGGGAAGUGACUGCCGGGCACGCAGCCGGGGCGGUUGAGGGCGCAUAAUUCCCGGCGGCUCUCCCCGGGAGACGGGCGACAGGGCGGGCACCUGGCUGGGUGGGGCCGAGGGGCGGUACGCAUCCUGGGAGAAGCCAAUGAGAAAACCAGGCCCGGCCCGAGGGGCGGUGCCGUCGGUCACAUGCGCACCUGGGGCGGCUGGCGACCGUGGCGCGGGCACCCCAAGCGGGAGGAAGGGAGCGGGGCCGGGCCGGGGCGGGGUUAGGCAGGUGAGUGACAGGCUCCGGGGGGCCGGCCCCAGCUGGGAGCUCGGAGUGAUCCUGGAGUAGCUGCGGCGGUGUCCGCCCCCUCCCUCCGCCCCUCCAGCCGGGCUGGUCUCUGGCCGGGCACUGUCGCGGGCCCCCCUGGCCUGGCCACCUCCCUCUCCCCUGGCCCGCAAAGUUUGUGGCGAAGCCGGCGUCGGGCAGAGCGCUCCCCAGGGGAGAUCCAGGAGCUCCCGAUGUCGGGCUGCGGGAGCCAUUGACCCGGGGACGCCGCGGUUCGGGGCAGCAGCGUGGAGCAGCCGGCCGACCGCCGCCUCUGGUGCAUGGGGGACCGGCUGAGAAGCCAGCAUGGGCAACUGCGUGGGGAGACAGCGCCGGGAGAGGCCGGCUGCUCCGGGACACCCCCGCAAGCGAGCAGGAACAUGCGCACCAUGGUUUUCUUGAUGGGGAGCAGGCCAUGGAGGCCAACACAGAUGGACAGGGGAGUGGCCAUAGCCAUCAUUACCAUAGGCCGCAAUGAGCCCUUGAAGAAGGAGCGGCUCAAGUGGAAGAGUGACUAUCCCAUGACUGAUGGGCAGCUGCGGAGCAAACGAGAUGAGUUCUGGGACACAGCACCUGCCUUUGAGGGCCGCAAGGAGAUCUGGGAUGCCCUCAAGGCUGCCGCCUAUGCUGCUGAAGCUAACGACCAUGAGCUGGCUCAGGCCAUCCUGGAUGGAGCCAGCAUCACCCUGCCUCAUGGAACUCUUUGUGAAUGCUAUGACGAGCUGGGUAACCGCUAUCAACUGCCCAUCUAUUGCCUGUCCCCACCUGUGAACUUGCUGCUGGAGCACACGGAGGAGGAGAGCCUGGAACCUCCCGAGCCCACCCCUAGUGUGCGCCGUGAAUUCCCAUUGAAAGUGCGCCUCUCCACAGGCAAGGACGUGAGGCUCAAUGCCAGCCUGCCUGACACGGUGGGGCAACUCAAGAGGCAGCUGCACAGCCAGGAGGGCAUUGAGCCAUCCUGGCAGAGAUGGUUCUUCUCUGGGAAGCUGCUUACAGACCGCACACGGCUCCAGGAAACAAAGAUUCAAAAGGACUUCGUCAUCCAGGUCAUCAUCAACCGGCCCCCACCGCCCCAGGACUGACUGCGCAGACUCCUGGGAAAAGAGGCCAUGGAGGGCCCCACACGCUGUGGGGCCCAGUGCUGCUGUCUUCUUCAGGGGCGCCUCCCACCGCCCUGCUGUAUGGCUCUUAGUGAGCUGCGAAGGGACUUGCCUUCCGGGGUACUGGAUCCACCAGUGCUCAGCACCCAGGGAGCAGUGCUGCCUGCCACACACAGGCCUUGCCAACCUUGGAGAAAAGGCACGUGGCACUCUCCACCGCAGGUUGGAGCCAUGGGGGCCGUCCUGGCGACCUGUCAUCUGGUGCCACACUGUGCUCACUCCAGUUUUCUGCUCAGGGUUGGAAGCAAUUGCUGUCUCCCCUUUAUCCCUCACCAUGACUCUGCCCUGGCCACAGUGCCAGUCCCCUGGAUGGGGAGGGAGCCCGGUGGGCCCCAGGGCUUAAGGAGCUUGAGGUGGGCCUCUCUGCCUCUCCCUGCACCCAGCACAAUCUGCAGAGAUGAGGCGGGUGGCCGGAUAGCCAGGCUUCGUGGCAGGGGUUUGCACAGGGCUGUCCCCAACCUGUAACCCAGGCAGGGUGGGGUCCGAAGCCUGGUCAUAGCCCAGCGGGGCCCUGUGUACAGAUACAUCUGCAUUUUAUCAAUAAAGCCUUUGCUCCUCUCUUGCCUA